GCAGGCUCGAGUAUGUACAUGAUCUCACGAGCGUCGCGACGCAAAAAUCACUAAGCGGACUGAGGCAGUAGCGCAGUGCCCGUUUCUGGCAAGGCACUUAUGCCCGAGGCACGACGUGCGCGACGACAUUGUGCUACAUCCCAAAACAUGAAUCUACUUCGCGACCGCGAUUGAUGUCCGCUCCGUUGUCGCUACGCCGUCGUUCCUCUCUUCCUCUUUGGUCUCGCACGAGGAAGCAGAAGCGAGACCGAGAGCGCGUCGCCGGGGACGCGGGCCGACGGCUCCGUCGCCGUCGUCGUGGUCGUGGUCGUCGUUCGUUGUCGGACCGCAAGAAGUUAACUCGUACGGGAGCACAAGUGCAUGGACAUUGAGUACGCACGCACGCAGAGGGAAAGUGUGCGUUGUGAAUCGCAUCGUAUCGUAUCGCAACACAUUGCAACGCAACGCAUCGCAUCGCAUUCGUACUUGGUCGAUCCCGUUCAUAGAUCUCGUACCUGCCAUGAUAGCUACCAUGAACGCGUCUCCGCCGCGACACGAGAGACACAUCGUAUCGCCGCUCUAGCAUUAAGGAGCCUGACUCGAUCGCAAGAUGCGAGAGAUCCGUUUUCGGAAGAGCAUUCUCGCGUGAAAAUUAGCGUCGCAGAAUGGUGGUGGAUUGCUUGUCGAUUCAGGCCUCAGCAACUGCAGUAAGAAAGCAGGAGCGAAGAUUAGCUGGUAACACAGUGGGUGCAAAGAUGCAACCAAACAGUGGUGGUGGAGGAUGUGGAAUGGCACCCAAAGAGCUUUCUGACAAUGACGACUUAGCUACGUCCCUCGUGUUAGAUCCCUACCUAGGAUUCACAACGCAUAAAAUGAAUAUUAGAUAUAGACCAUUGAAGGCAAAUAAGGACGAACUUCGAAAAAUUAUCUGUGAAUUUAUCCAGUCUCAAAAUUAUGAAAAGGCAUAUAAAAAAUUGAUGGGUGGAGAUUGGGGGGCACGGCUUCCACAUACAAAAUCCAAGCAAACACAGACCAAUCUGGAAAACCAUAUCAAGCGAUAUCUGCGAGUUUUUGACAAGGACUCUGGAUUCGCGAUAGAGGCGUGCUACAGAUACAGCUUAGAGGGACAGAAGGGUGCCAAAAUAUGUGCCACCCGAAGAUGGCUGAAAUACGAGAAAAUCUCCUGUCUCGUCGGUUGCAUAGCGGAACUUAGCGAAAAGGAGGAAGCUCUACUACUGCAUCCCGGUAAGAAUGACUUCUCUGUGAUGUUCAGUUGUCGGAAGAACUGUGCUCAAUUGUGGUUAGGGCCUGCUGCGUACAUAAACCAUGACUGUAGAGCAAAUUGCAAGUUUGUGGCGACGGGCAGAGACACGGCGUGUGUCAAGGUGUUACGCGACAUCGAGGUGGGUGAAGAGAUCACGUGUUUCUACGGGGAAGACUUCUUUGGCGACGGGAACUGCUACUGCGAGUGUGAGACCUGUGAGAGGCGGGGAACUGGUGCUUUCGCGAAUCAGAAACCGGGCGAGGAACUAUCAUCCGGAUAUCGUUUGAGGGAAACGGAUAAUCGAAUCAACAGAACUAAACAUCGGCAGCAGCCAUUGAAUCGGAAUAAACAACAAGCCGACACGGCUCUAACCGAGCGAAACGCAGUUCUGGUUGGUAACGCGGCAGUCGCGCCGCAGUCCCUUAGUAUAAAGGAGCUGCGACGCAAGGGACUCACCAAGUACGACGCUGAACUGCUGAUCGCACAAGGCUGUCGUUUCUCCGACAUCAAUCAGCAACAACCGACGAUCAACAACGGUGAGAACGUGCUGCAAAUACGACCGCAUCCCUCCGCGAUCACCACCUCCGUUACAAGAAGUCUGCGAAAUAAACAGAUGUGCAAAUUUGAUGGUAACACCGGUGAAGGAGUCACCAAGAAUACUCAGUCGCUCAGAGCAUCUAGACUUCACAAGAGAACGGAGUCGAAGAAAGGGAAGAUUGGUGUGAAAUCCACGUCUCCCUGUCUCAGCAAUCCCGUGGUGAAAGAUACAGAAGUGAUGGACAUAGGACAUCGAAAGGAGGACUCUGACAGAGUAAUGAUGCACGAGGAGAGUCUCUACUCACGAUUGCAGAAACAUUCGUUGAGUGCGUCGGAAGCGUUGGAUCACGCGUUUUGCAUGGAAGAGCAGCGUGUCGUCACGGAAGAAUCAUCAAUCGGAACCGGCUGUUCGUUGCGUCUGACCGAGGUUGAGUGUAUCGGCGAAUCAAGCGGCGACUCGAUGGAGGAGGAGCGGGCAAUACCGGAUCUCACCGUGGAAGUUGAUUCCAAGACAGUAGAUAGCGUUAAUUCUUCCAGUUACAAAAGGGGACAUUAUAGUACAAACGCCUGUGAUUCAAUCCAAUUAAGUUCCACGUCUCAAGCCCAUGUGCAGCAACGCUUAAAUACCGCGGAAUUGGUUCUCGAGGACGCAACUAGUCACUCGAGGGAUCAUCAUCAUACCUCGCCGCCCGUGCGAGAUAAAGAGGCCGGGAAUGAGCCCUGUGAUGCGAACGAACGCGCGAAUUGCGCUAAUAAACGUUCCAAGACUCGCAACAAGCGACUCUCCUCGACGGACGAGCAGGACGAUCGCAAGGUGCCGAACGAGGAUGUGUUUUACGAGGAAGACGAUUCGCCAGAAUCACCAGAAGAGAAGAAGACUUCGCGGCAGACUGACUUCUGGAAGAGUGACGUUUUCCACGAGGCGAACACUCGACUGGAGGACGAAUGCUGCGAUGUAAAUUCCGCAAAAGUGCACAAGUACGCUGUGGAGGAUAAAGAGGUGGAGAGUGAAGCUUGCGAGAGUCGAAUCGUCGCCGAGAUGGCGGUGAAUCGCUCGGAUAGUGUCAAGUUUUGUGGACUGCAUACCGAAGAUGCUGUAGAGGCGAAGACUAGUACCGGAAAUUUAUUAAAGUGUCAUAGUAGUACAGUUUCGGGCCAAAAAGUGGGAAUUGUGACGGAAAGCGACGCGUACGUCGCAAACGUACGAGAGACUGACGUCAAGUCCGCUGCGACGAUAUUAUGUGCAACGGAGGUGGACUGCAGAGUAAAUAUUGCAGGAGAGAGUAACACGGCGGAUUUUAGUGACGUGCAGAACUAUAACGACUUAACAGGCCAUAGGAAUUUCGAAGAAACUCGUGAUAUUGCAUCGAUAAAGAGAUCUAGGCGGAAAGAUCACGCGCUAGGUACAUCCUCGAGAUCGUCUCGCAAGUCACAGAAGAAAUCCAAGUCCAAGUCCAAGCAUGGGGGCUUAACGGAGGGUGUUCAAGACGACAUGGAUGGCGCGAAGAAUCAGGGCAAAGUGGGGAAGAGUAAGAAUAAAUCAUCGAGAAGCCAGAGGAGGGACCGGCAGAGAUCGGCGACGGCCGAGAUCGGGGAGGCUGACGACGAUUCGGGUAUCCAGGGUGACAUUUACGAGUUCAGCGAGAAGGAAAGUAACCUGGAAGACAUCGGCAUACUGUCCAUAAUUAGACGCGGCAAGCACGAAUCUCGUCACGCAUCCUCCUUGAUUGUUGCGUCACCUGUGCAAGAAAUGCAAUGCAAUGACGAUUACAAUAAAGCCGAGCCACCAGUGCUGGUUCCGGAAGAGCCAUGGCCUCCGAGCGAUUCAGCGACUCGGAGAGAGCAUGGCACAGAUUCCAGCAAUGGUGUUCAAUCGGAAGAGAAUUGCGAUGUCGAAGAGAGCUUGGAGAGAUUAACAGCCUACGACAACCAUGGCAGCUCGCGGAAGACAACCUCGACUCCAUCCGAGUGCCAUUGGCAGACGAGCAGUUCGAGCGAUUGCCGAGUUUGUCCCGUGACACCGGAGAGAAUCGGCGGUCGACUCAAGCUGACGCUGCGAAUGAAGCGGUCACCAGUGUCGGACGACAUCGUUGAGUCUGGCACCAGCGGCCUGAGCGAGGAUAGCUACGAGUACGAGGUGCUGCGCGUCGAAGGCGUGGAGAGACGCAAACGCCGAAAGAAGCAUAAGAGCAGGGAUCGCGAGAGACGGCACAAAAGAUCGCGCGAGUUGGAUCUCGACCCGCCGCCGCCGAAGAGAUUACGUCUGAUUUUCGGCAACGAGACACACACCAUAGAGUACCAUAGAGAUCUGUCGUCACAAUACGAUCACUCUUAACAGCUAUAAGCUCCUCCCUCCUUUCUCGCCCAUUCGACCCUCCGUCAUGACGCGCGUGUAAUAUCAAUUUCAUUAUGAAAGACUAUCUUUCUAGGUAUAAUUAAAAGAAAAAAGGAUCAUUCAAGAAAUUAGGCCUCCUCGUCCUGUGACGCGUGAUAGCGGGUUCAUAUCGAACUUGGAACUUUUCACGAUUAAAUUUGGUUUAGAAGUAGAACUAGCAUUGCUGCAUUUCACUUCCCCCCCCCCUCUCUCUCUCUCUCUAUCGUAAUUCCUGUUAUUUAAAUCUUCUAAAGAUAUAUACAUAUAUGUCUCAUUCUUGUAACAACGAAUCUCUAAGGGCCUACCGAGACCUUGAGCGAGAAAAUGCAUAGGUGGAAAAACUUUUAUGUCGCACGUACACACUUUGCCCAUGUAGAGUUAAAUAUCGCGUACGAAUUAAAGUAUAGUAUGCGAAUACUUUAUCUGAACUUCAUGUCAGUUUCAUAGGAAUUAAUGUCGAUCAUGAUCACAUUCUAACGUACAGAAAAAAUAAUCCUACCUAAUGAUCCAGCCAAUUGAAUUCUUUUCCAAAAUUUACCAUCUUCUUUCUCUUUCUUCUCGCAUUCUUUUUCUUUGUCCUGCUAUUUCCUGACAAACUAUGCAACAAAUCCGUACGCAACAAACUAUGUCGAUCUCAUACUUUGCGAGACAAAUAUAGGUGAAUCAAGUCUUUCAAGUAAAAUCUCUCGCACUCUCAAAUCGUUCCCAAAGUUCGUUUAUUACUUGCUGUUUUCCGUCUGUACAAUACUCCGUAACGGAGAAGGACGAAGGAGGAGGAUCCCUAUACUUAUACUAUGUAUAAUAAUAAUUUACCUAACUGAUUAAUCUAGUUAAAUAUUAGUUAGCACUAUAUUAUAAUCGCUAUUCUCGAACGAAGGGUCAAAAUAUCAUGGAAAACCUUGUAAAUAUUGCUUAUACAUAUAAAAUGAUAUACAUAUACAUAUAUAUACACAUAUAUAUAUAUGUAUAUAUAUAAAAGAAGUUUAUUAUAUAUCAUACUCUGUAUUUCGAUGUAUUACAAUGUCUUUCGACGCGUUGCAGACAAGCGCCGUGUUGCAUAUACCAUUGUAUACGGAAUACACCGUUCACGAUUCAUUGUAGUAACGAAAUAUUAUAAGAGAGAGAAUGUCAUCCGGCAAUGUUUAUCGUUCAUCAUGUUAUACACGUCAUCAUUAGGAUCGGUAUUACCCAAAUUGCAGACCAAAUCCCUCGGAGACGACAUGCCCUUUUUACACGACACGUACGAUGAUUCCGCAUUGAUGCUUUUUGUUUCUCAAGAAAAGUACAAGAGAUGCGAAAAUGAAACUACAAAAAAGCGGUAUUCAAAAUUCAUUUUCGAUAUUGCAUUGCAACGCACGAAGGACGCAGAAUUAGUCUGCAGUUUUAUUCUAUAUUAGAUAAACUGAUACUUUUAACUCAAUACGGAAAACAAAAAAUGACAGAUUGUGCGUGUGAAUUUCGCUUUUAUUAAAUUGGACAACAAUAUCAUUUUCUUUUUUUUUAACUUUGGCGAAAAAAGCAAUCCUUCUGAAAACUAAUUUAAUGCAGAUCGAUUUCAAAAUGAAUUCAGUAAAAUUGUUAUGAAACGAUAUUUUUUUUCCAAUCUGAUAUUUAAUUUCCCGCAUGUUGUUGGCAUGUCGCUAUAGUGAGAAACGUCGAACAUUCUUAAAAUCUGAAAAUGUGAUAUCGCACAAGUUUGAAAGGAGCUUUUGAGAAUUAUGCGACGUAUGCGCCUUUAUUCACCGUAACGUUUAGACUUAGUUGAAAUUUUGACUUGACGAAUGGGCCAUUACUCACGUCCAAUGUUUUCUCCUUUUCUUUUUUAUUAUAAUACGAAUAGUAACAGGUAGUAAUUCCUUGUUACAUACUUGACGAGUUAAGGUGGCAAAUCGACAGAUGGAUACAACUGUCGAAGAUUGCAACAGAACAAUUUUAUAUUGCACUGUAUGUAAUGAUAAAAUGUGUAAUAUUGUAACUAAGAGUACAAUAAGGUAUACAGCUCACUGACUUUCUUUCUAUCGUUUUUCUUUUUCUAUGAAUGCAAAAUUCAGAAUGCAAUAUUAGGUAUGAUAAAAAUUUAGAGAGAAGAAGAUAUCUCCGUACGUUGACUAUUUAUUGUAAUUAUAACAGAUUAAUCGUACAAAAAUAGCGUGAGAGUAUUUAAUAUAAUUCUAAUUUUCAUCUAACAUUUCAUAUCACGUUUUUGCAACUUUGUUAAAUUUCUGUAUCCCCUUGCGGAUCAAGCCUUCGGGAAAAGAGACUGUACAUUUGUGUAAAAGGAGAUGUAAAUUUUAUUUCUUUUUCUCGCAUGCCAGAUAUAUCAGAAAAAUAAAUUGUAAAAAAAGAAUAAAUAAACUCAAAAAAUUAAAUUCGCCAAGUCGCGAAUGUUUUCAAUGGAAACAUGUACGGUCGGUUGCACCGAUAGCUUUAAUUAACAAUUAUCUAUUAGCUGUAGCGUGUCUUUCUUCAGAAUCAUAGUACUAAUAUGAAAUUAAAAAAAUAUAUAGCUGGAAAGCGUGAAACAGUAUUAACCAACAGCAAUUGAUAAUUAUCGAUCAUUAAUGCCAGAAGAGGUAUUGGUGCAAUCGGCUAAUUAACUAAUUAACGAGAGAGAGAGAGAGAGAUUGAUUAUAAUCAAUAAACAAGUUGAUUCAUCCGAUAACAAAAAGAAAAAAAAACAUACAUACAUUCUUUAACUGUUUGGUUCUCAAUGAAAAUUUCUCUCUUUGAAAUAAAUUAUUUUUUUAUGUAUACUAAGUUCCUUAUCACAAUUUCACAUUAAUACAUUAUCGCGUUGAAUGUGCCGCCUUGCUUUUGAUAUUCCGAAAACAAUUAAGCGGGAACGAAAGGGUUAAAGAUGCGUGAUAUGCGAGUACCAUUUAUAUAAAUACGUGUGAUUAUUAUUUAAUAAGCGUGCGAAGAGCGAUUCGAUUCGAUGACACGAGCGCUCGCCAGUGCAAAAUUUACGCAUUAACGAUCCUUUGUUACGUGAUCGUAGCGGCCUAUUUUAAGAUAUUCCCUACGAGAUGCGAACGAAGGGAGAGCCAUCAUUCGGUAUCCUUCCUCUUCACUCGCGAUCUGCGGCGUGCCAAUACCAGUAAACCGAGCCGCUGCACGAUCGGCACGAGACGCUUUUUCCGAAAAGAGGGAAGAGGAGAGUGACGAUGAAAACAGGGAGCGCGGUGUCUCGAAUGUGUAAGAUAGGAAUUUGUUUGGGGCGCGGAUAGACGCACGAUUUUCUGGGUCCGCCGCGCGAUAUUUUUCCCCUCUUUGUUAUCGGCAGAAUUUUUGUCUCACUGCCAUUAGGAGAGUGAUGUGUUACAUUUCGAUUAAUCGCGAGAGCGUACAUGAGAGGAGAUGUAAUAUCGUACUCUCCUCCCUUUGAGCGAGAUGCUGCGGACGAUCAUUGUUAUAGACUAAUUUCGUGUACGACGCGACGUCGCGACGAGGAGGACGAAAUAACCCGGUCUGUCCUCGAUAGAGAGCCGCCCGACGAAGAAGAUGAAGAAAAAAGAUAAAUUCUUCUCGGUCUUUUUUUUUCUCUUUUUUUUUUCCUCUCCAUAGAAGACUCGCGGCCGCGUGCGGCGUAAAUUGUAAUUACAUUUCUUUGUUGAGCGAAAGAUAUAUAGAAAUGUACAUUGUCAUUAUUAUUUUGUACGAAUUAAGGAAUCAUAAUAAAUGAGUCACAUAAACGUAA